UUUCCUAAUUGCAGAUUACUAUGGUUUAAAAACUACAAGACCAAAACAAACAUGAGUAUGAGAAAGAGGAGCGGAUCGGGGGGAAAGAAAGUUUUGAAGGAGAAAAUAGUUCAACUCUAUGAAGGAUUUUUUAGAGGAGAAUCAGUUACUCUGGGUAACAUCAACUUCUGGGAGGAGUUCUUUCUUUUAAAACCAAAAAUGGGAGCUUUGGAGUCAGAGAUAGGAGCCUUACAGGCUGACCAGUUGUCAGGGGUGAGGGAAAACUUAAAUAGUUUAGUUCAUGAAUGUAUUACACAUCUAUCCAAUACACAUCAGAUUAAGGUUGUUUACGCUCUGCAAACCCUGACAGGAGUUGUUCGAGCUGUUUACAAGAAAUGUGCUCAGCUCUCUGGAUUCGAUCUAGUCAAUUUUCUUAUCGGGUUUGAUAGAGCCGAGCAAGAAAUGUCCUCUUUACUAAACCAAAUUAACACUUUCCUUACAGAAGAUUCUCCAGUUUGUCUCAAGGAUCUAUGCUUGAAGUUUCUCUUGGUUCUGGUGACAGGGACGGAUAAUGUCUCCUCUAAUACGCUCCUUGAGUAUCUACUCAUCACAUCAGUGUUUGACAGUUUAAUUUUACAAUUGUCACAAACAGAUAGACGAGCUGUCCACGGACAUCAAGCGAUUACAAUCCUUACCCUUCUGGUUCAGUACAGGAAGCAUGAUUCCUCCAACCCGUAUAUUAUAAAGCUGUCAAUCCUAGAUCAGGAGAUGGUUCUUCAUGGAUACAGUCAGGUUGUUACCAGCAGUCUCUCCGGGUAUACAGAUAAGUACGAGGAGAUAGUGAAGGAAGGAACGGGUUCCAGCUGGCUUGGAACUAUCUCUAGUAUGGUGGGAACAAUGUUUAUCCAGGAGGACAGUUUGUUACGGAAUGAGAGGUUGAGAUCUCACAACCCCGCCCUGAUGGCCCUCUACGAGAUUGUUCAUCUAAACAGGAACUUCAUUACUACCCUGGCGCAUUAUCAAACAGAAUCAUCAAAUAUUAAUUCAGAAAACCUUGAUGAUAAUAUUGUGAAUGCAGCAGAUCUAAAGUCGGUCAACCUGCUUGUCACUUUCUUAGAAUACAUCAGUAUUGCUAUGCAGGAUACUAAAUCUGAGAUUGCUGAGAAGAAUAUAACAUUAUGUUUCAUUAUAUUAACAUGUAUUACAGAGGAUCAGUAUGCUACUGCUCUGAUGCAUGAUCCAAACUUGGUGUUCAAGGUUAAACUACAUCGUGCUCCUAUGCGGCACAGAAAAGGAGGAGGUGAGGUUGAGCUCCAUGGAAGAGCUCUAGUUUGCAGUCUUCUUGAUCUAAUGGUGGAAUUCAUCAGAUCUCACAUGAUGAAACGGUUACCAUUGCAGCUCCAUCUUUUAGCCAUUGGAUGUGUCCAUAAGGUGUUAGCCUACCAACGACGGUGUAGAGUAAGGAUAACAUAUAACUGGAGAGAACUCUGGUCCGCUAUGAUAGGUUUGGUCAAGUUUAUAGUUGGCAAUGAAGCAACAAUGAUCAAAAAACUAAAUGUUUUUGGACUCUGUUUGCAGGUGGUGAAUAUAUUUAAUAUUUAUAUAACCUAUGGAGACACCUUCCUUCCCUCUGCUAGCUGUUAUGAUGAACUGUACUAUGAACUAGUCAGAUGCCAGGACGUGUUCAACAAUUUGUAUUCUAUGGCACUAAGAUACUCCAUGAGUGGAGGGGAGUUUAAAGAUACCGCCAUGAAAGUGACAAACAGUUUGAUUAAUAUCCGAACAAUCACCUCCCACUUCCAUCCCAGGAUAGAGGCGUGGUUAGCCUCUCAACAGCUGUCAACACCAUCAGAGGUUGAGAUCCUGGAAGUAAUCUGCUCCAACUAUGAGUCCCUGACCUUAAAGCUUCAAGAAAGCUUAGAUUUAUACGAGGAAUGUUUACAUCAAUAUAUAUAUAAAGUCGUCUUCCUAUUCCAGAGUUUUAGCUGUUUAUCUAUAAUAUAA